GCGGGCACUAACCAUUUUCCCGCCAAUUAAAGCACAAUUGCCUCCCUCCUCGACCUCCACCUAUUUUCUUCCCCAAGCGGAGAAGCCUUCUUCUUUGCUCAUAGUUGGACAAAAUAAAAUGGCACCGCUCAGUUCGCGGCACCACACCCUAAUACAGGCUCUUUUGUCGCGAGGCCCGCUUAAAGAAGACGAUUUCCGCUCUAUCUUCUCGCAGAUCACUGCUAAAAACUCUGGGUCACGGAAGCAACAGGAGCAAAAGUUAUUUAAUGAGUAUCUCGGGAAGAUAAAUUCAGAAUUAAGUUGUGUUCAGUUAGAGUUGCGAGCAUGCCGAAACCAAUAUGAUGGUCAUGUGUAUUAUGGUGUUGUCAACAAUGUUUCAGAUGACCAGUCCAAGCUUGGAACAAAGUACACAGUUCCUCAGAUUGCUUUCUACAAAGGCAUUGUUGAAGCUAUUGUACAAGAUGCUGAAGCUGAAGGCUGCAUUUUCAAUACGGCUGCUCUAAACAUAAAGCUGGAAUCCCAGGUUCUUGGGGCAACUGAUUCUCAAGCUCACGAAGGUGCUGUACAGAUCCCCCCAGCAUUUAAGAAUUUUUCCAUGGCGCAAAAGGAAAAAACUCUUGAUCAGUUAGUAAAGGACAACUGGCUUUGCUCUACACCAGAAGGAAAAAUUGGUAUUGGAGUCAGAUCCUUUCUAGAUCUGCGUAGUUGGUUUCGCAGCAAUGAGGUUCCUGCAUGUGAAGUUUGCAAUGAGGCCGCCAUCAAGGCUCAACUUUGCCAGAAUGAAGCUUGUAAUGUCCGACUUCAUUCAUACUGUCUGAAAAAGAAAUUCUCUGGUCAAAGGGUGGAAAGAGUUUGCUCAGGUUGUGGCACGCAAUUGCCUGGCUCAACAGUGAAAGCAGAAGCGGUGGAAGAAGUAAAUAAUGCAAAUGGUCCUUCUCAGAACUCGCAACCGCAUGAAUCUUCUAAGAAGAGGAGACGUAGAUCACACCGACAAGCAAACAGAGACAGUGACAGUGACACGUUGGACAUAAAGAGGGUAACUAGAGGUUCUGCUCGGCUGAGUGCCAACUAAGGAAGAUGCAGUUAAACUGGUAUUUUGUGUGGCUUUGGAAUAGUUUUUAGCAGCAAAUGUUGUCAUAGACUAGCCUAAAAUCUGUCCAACAUAUAAAGUUUUCUAUCUUCACAUUUUGUUUAUGGUCUCGUUAGUUGUAGACUCGAUUUAAACUUGUUCAGUAGGGUUUGUCAAAAUUAGUAAAUCAAGUCACUAAUAUAUAUGUAAACAAGUUUAUUAGUAUGUUUAUGAAUUCAAGUGCAUAUUAGUUGUAUUCAUGCACUAUUGUCAA